UGAACUGUUUGAACAAGGACUGUAAGAGUUGCUUUGUGAUCAGUGAGCUGAGAGCCUUUACCAUGUAAAAUGCAGGGGAGGAGCCUUUAGCUUCAGAUUGUGCUGAAUUUUUUUUUGUUUGUUAUACAUAUGAAAGACUCCGGAUACACAAUGCAGAGAGGCUGGAACAGAACUGCCUCUGCACAGUCCAGAGAAAAGAGAUAAAGGUGUCAAUCGGACUGAGACAGGACAGUCUUCUGCACCUGCAAAAGCGAGCUUGGAAUUCCAGAGAGGAGACUCUGCAUGGAUUCUGUAGGAACCUGGGAAUAUCCUCUAAAUGGCAGGGGAAAGCCCCUGAUUCCCUGAAGAUUAUUUUUAUCACUGGAACUGAAUCUUUUGUGCCAAUAUGACAUUUUCCAUUUUCCAGUCUAACAACUGAAAUAACAGGCUGCGUAGCUUGGAGUGGACAUUCCGAAGGGGCAGCUUUGAGAGGCUACAAUGGCUCUGGCAUCUCCAAAGGCCAUGCUAGGGGACCUGCUGCAACCAGAAGAGCCACCACUUGAUAAUGAAAACUGUCACUAUUUCCUGUCUGCAAACAUCAUCGCAGUAGUGGAAAGAUGUAUGAGCUCCAUGCAAGCUGGUACCCAGAUGAUCAAACUCCGGGGCAGUUCCAAAGGACUAGUCCGGUUCUAUUACCUUGAUGAGCACAAGUCGUGUAUUCGCUGGAGACCAUCGCGAAAGAAUGAGAAAGCCAAAAUCUCCAUUGACUCCAUGCAGGAGGUAUGUGAGGGGAAGCAGUCGGAGAUCUUCCAGCGCUAUGCCGAUGGCAGCUUCGACCCCAACUGCUGCUUCAGCAUCUACUAUGGAGACCACAUGGAGUCUCUCGACCUGGUGUCCUCCAGCGGGGAGGAGGCGCGCACCUGGAUCACGGGGCUCAAAUACCUGAUGGCAGGGAUCAGCGAUGAAGACAGCCUGUCAAAACGGCAGAGGACCAGAGACCAGUGGUUGAAGCAAACCUUUGAUGAGGCCGAUAAGAAUGGUGAUGGCAGUUUGAGUAUUAACGAGGUGCUCCAGCUGAUGCACAAACUGAAUGUGAACCUCCCCCGACAGAAAGUCAAGCAAAUGUUUAAGGAGGCUGAUACAGACGAUAACCAGGGCAUGCUGGGCUUCGAUGAGUUCUGCGCCUUCUACAAGAUGAUGUCGACGCGGCGUGAUCUGUACCUGCUCAUGCUCACCUACAGCAACCACAAGGACUAUCUGGAUGCGGAUGACCUGAAGCGCUUCCUUGAGAUUGAGCAAAAG